GCCCACUCUUGGACGAAUGCGUGCAGCACGUCCAACACCUACAACGCGUCUUCGACAUUCUUCGACGAGAACGAUUCUACGUCAAAUUAUCUAAGAGCGAAUUCGCCCUCGAGAAAGUCCAAUUCCUAGGACACAUGGUGAGCGCUCAAGGAGUUCACGUCGACCCCGAGAACAUCGAAGCCGUACACACGUGGAAGACACCCGAGAACGUGAAGGAGUUGCAGCAGUUCCUAGGCUUCGCUAACCAUUACAACAGGUUUGUGCCACACACGCACCGAAGAGACAGCACGACUAUUCGUUCGCUACAUCAUCUCCGACUGAGACCCCAAGUUCACCAGCAAGUUCUGGAAGGAACUGAUGUCUCUGCUCGGGACAAAACUCGCCAUGUCAUCCGCCUACCAUCCGCAGACAGAUGGACAGACCGAGCGCCUAAACCAAAUUGUAGAGCAACUCCUCCGCGCAGCAUGCAAAGACGAAAUCUCUUAAUGGGACUUCCAUCUACCCGUCCUGGAGUUUGCCUACAACAACGCCACUCAUGCCACUAUGGGACAGACGCCGUUCUUCCUCUGUUACGGACGCCACCCGCUCAUGCCACAAAAACCGAUAGCAUCAGCCACACUACGUGGAAGAUUCACAACGCCUUCCAUGUCCAACUUCUGAAGCCAUAUCGAGAUCCGAACACGGUCUUCACCGGACGCCAACCGCCGCCGCCGCCGCCCGUCCUCGUCCACGAUAAACCCGAGUAUGAGGUCGAGUCCGUGCUAGCACACAAUCGUUGUAGGAAUGGCACUAUGGAGCUUCUCAUACUUUGGAAGGGUUAUGCUCCUUCUGAGGAUGAUUGGGUUCCUGAAUCUGAGAUGGGUAACGCACGUUGUCCUCUUCACGACUACCUU